GGUGUCAGCAUGGACCACGUCGCGAAGAGAAGCCGAUGCUAGCGAGGGAGGUGUGAAGAGUUGGCCAGGAUGACCAACUCCUCGUCCACGUCCACCUCCUCCACCACGGGGGGGUCGCUGCUGCUGCUCUGCGAGGAAGAGGAGUCGUGGGCGGGCCGGCGCAUCCCCGUGUCGCUCCUGUAUUCCGGGUUGGCCAUCGGGGGCACGUUGGCCAACGGCAUGGUCAUCUAUCUCGUGUCAUCCUUUCGAAAGCUGCAGACCACUAGCAACGCUUUCAUCGUCAACGGUUGCGCCGCCGACCUCAGCGUCUGCGCCCUCUGGAUGCCGCAGGAGGCGGUGCUGGGGCUCCUGCCGGCGGGCUCUGCCGAGCCCCCCGCGGAUUGGGACGGCGCCGGGGGCAGCUACCGCCUGCUGCGGGGCGGGCUGCUGGGCCUCGGGCUCACCGUGUCCCUCCUGUCCCACUGCCUCGUGGCCCUGAACCGCUACCUGCUCAUCACCCGGACGCCCGCCACCUACCAGGUGCUGUACCAGCGGCGCCACACGGCGGGGAUGCUGGCGCUGUCGUGGGCGCUCGCCCUGGGCCUCGUGCUGCUGCUCCCGCCCUGGGCGCCGCGGCCCGGUGCCUCGCCCCCUCGCGUCCACUACCCGGCGCUGCUGGCCGCCGCGGCCCUGCUGGCACAGACGGCUCUGCUGCUGCACUGCUACCUGGGCAUCGUGCGCCGCGUGCGCGUCAGCGUCAAGCGGGUCAGCGUGCUCAACUUCCACCUGCUGCACCAGCUGCCCGGCUGCGCCGCCGCCGCCGCUGCCUUCCCUGCAGCCCCGCAUGCUCCUGGCCCCGGCGGCGCCGCGCACCCAGCCCCAGCCCAGCCCCUGCCGCCCGCGCUGCAGCCGCGACGGGCGCAGCGGCGUCUCAGUGGCCUGUCCGUGCUGCUGCUCUGCUGCGUCUUCCUGCUGGCCACGCAGCCGCUGGUGUGGGUGAGCCUGGCCAGCGGCUUCUCGCUGCCAGUGCCGUGGGGCGUGCAGGCGGCCAGCUGGCUGCUCUGUUGCGCCCUGUCCGCGCUCAAUCCGCUGCUCUACACUUGGAGGAACGAGGAGUUCCGGCGCUCCGUGCGCUCCGUCCUGCCCGGCGUCGGCGACGCGGCGGCCGCGGCUGUAGCCGCCACGGCCGUGCCCGCUGUGUCCCAGGCUCAGCUGGGCACCCGCGCUGCGGGCCAGCACUGGUGACCCUGCCCGGGCGCGCGGGCAGCAGAGAUUGCCGCCUUCCGACGUCUUU